AUGUCUUUUUCCAGUGGUAACCACUGGCCCUUUGUUGGCACUUCUUUCACCUUCCCACCUUGGAACGACACCCACAACUCCGACGACAACUCGCAAGCCAACCAACAACCCACGAACACACCUGCUCAGGGCUAUAUUCCACCGCCACAACACCGACAUUCGCCUUCGUCUUCAUAUCCCCGACUGCCCUUGCCAAACUUUGCACAGUCACGACACCACCCGACGGCCACCCAAGCCCGACCCCAGCACCACUCAACUCCAUCCGCUUCUCUGGCUGCUGCAUUGAGGGAAGGUGCCGACUUCCUACCACGACCUUCGAUUCUCCCGCGACUGCCACCGCUUUCUCGCCUCAACUCUACUUCUGCUCAACAAUCCAGCUUCGGUUACAUCCCCAAUCACUUCUUCUAUUCACCACCCCAGUCGCCUCAAGACUCUGGCCCUUCACACCAUACCACCACUACUGACCCAGCACACCAAUCCGCUUCUUCCUCGUCCGUCCAACCUUUCGCAGGACCAUCCUUCACCGACCACUCUACCGGUCCUUCCAUCUCCAACCCUCUUGCACAUUCUCAUUCCAACAGUCACUCGACCCCACGUUUCGGUACACACCAUAUUGCCAGUGCUUCCAGAAGUGGUCAAUCAUACUCAGACUACCAAAAUCCUGCCAUCCAACCGUACGCGAAGGAAGAAGAUACAACCACAAUGCCUGCUUCGACCUCUACCGCCGCUGCAGGUCGCAAACGUGCUCGCCCAUCAGAUCCCGGGACUCCACCAUCUGGGACUAAGCGUCGCCUGAACUCUGCUCAUGCUCCGAUAGAGCUAGAUGAUACCGACGAAGAAGAGGAGGAAGAGUUGGGUCCUGACAACGACAUACUUGCUACAGAGCGUGAGGCUCUAGUGGCCAAGCAACGAGAAGAGGCUGGUAAGCCCAGUAGAAUUGGAGAGCUAAACUGCAUGAUUUGCCUGGAACACUUCACCGGGAUGACUGCAACGCAUUGUGGCCAUAUCUUCUGCCACGAAUGCCUGACGCAAGCUUUGAUAGCCAGCCAACGCAACUCCGACCACAAUUACGGCACAUGUCCAGCGUGUCGUAAGCCGAUCAAACCUAAGGGCAAGACACAGAUUGUACCGCUGACCUUGAUGAAAGCAAGGAAGAAGAAGUAG